AACGGAGCAAAUGCCUGUUCAUGAACGUUGAAGAACGUUUUGGGGUAACGUGUCGUUCAGAACAAUCCGUCACGCAACGUUGCAGACAUUUAAUCGAAUAUAACGCACCCCAGGAUGACCAAUGACAUUGCGCAACAUAUGAACGCGAGUUUAGACGACUACCUGCUCUGGAACGUACCAAAAGUAUAGCGGUCAGUGGUCUGUCACAUGACUUUCUAAAGCUGGCCGCGCCCUGUAGUGGGGUCGUGCAACAUUCUGGAUGACAGUCAAGAAAGAAUCAGGCAGCAGUUUGCCACUGACGUCUAGGACAAGUGAACAGCAUCUCUGAAUUUAUUCUUCCAUUAUAACAUCAGCCCCAUCAUGGACAAGGACGAUUUAAUACUCCCUAAAGACUUCCCCAAGUUGAAGAAUGAUGCAUUCCUUCUUGCAUGCCGUGGCCAAGAAACCCCUCAUGUGCCUGUGUGGUGUAUGAGACAGGCUGGACGUUACCUACCAGAGUUCCGUGAGUCCAGAGCGGGAAAGGACUUCUUUGCAACAUGUCGGUCACCUGCAGCCUGCUGUGAACUCACUCUCCAGCCAUUGAGACGUUUCCCAUUUGAUGCUGCCAUCAUCUUCUCAGACAUCCUGGUUAUCCCACAGGCCAUGGGUAUGGAUGUCCAGAUGGUGGCAGGAAAGGGCCCUACUUUCCCAGAGCCCUUAAAGGAACCAGAGGACCUGCUGCUGCUGCAGUCCAAGGUGGAUGUCAACAAAGAGCUGGACUAUGUCUUCAAGGCCAUUACACUGACACGCCACAAACUGGAAGGCAAGGUCCCUCUCAUCGGCUUCACUGGUGCCCCGUGGACCCUGAUGGCCUAUAUGAUUGAGGGGGGAGGCUCAACAACCCAAUCCAAGGCUAAGCGCUGGCUGUACCGUCACCCUGAAGCCAGCCACCAGCUGUUAAAGAUGCUGACUGACAUCAUAGUAGAGUACCUGCUGGGACAGGUGGCUGCUGGAGCACAGGCCUUGCAGGUGUUUGAGUCCCAUGCUGGCUAUCUGGGCCCAGUGGAGUUCCAGGAGUUCUCCCUGCCCUACCUCCGAGACAUCGCCCGUAAGGUCAAGGACCAGCUGAAGGAGUCAGGCCAGGAUGUCCCCAUGAUUGUGUUUGCCAAGGACGGCCACUAUGGUCUGGAGGACCUCUCUCAGUCCCACUAUGAGGUUGUUGGUUUGGAUUGGACCAUCGACCCUCGCUCAGCGCGGGAGCGAACUGGAGGAAAGGUUAGCCUCCAGGGGAACAUGGACCCGUGUGCGCUAUAUGCCCCCAAAGAGCGUAUAUCAGAGAUAGUGAAAAAGAUGCUGGAAGGCUUUGGCACCAGAGGGUACAUUGCCAACCUGGGCCACGGGCUGUACCCUGACAUGGACCCGGAGAACGUGGGUGCCUUUGUAGAAGCUGUCCACACUCACUCUCGCCACCUCCUCAACCUCAAGUAACACCACCGUCACCUGGCAACAUUGACCGCAGUCAUCAUACUAGCAGAGAAGCAGCACCCAAAAACCAAAGCAACAUUGGCUUGGAUUGUAGAGACUAUAUCAUGUUUUCACAGUAAUCCAAUAAACCACCAGGUCUUAUCAAGUAUGGAAUCCCAGGACAGAUCAAGAUGGAUCUUGUCCAAUUCUGGAUCUUUUUCUCUUUCUGAAGAGAAUACUUCAUUAUGUUAUAUAGAUAAUCCGAAAACAAACGAAAAACAUUGCAGCAGUGCAAGACCUUGUAAUAUUUCAUAUUAUUCAUGUGUACCACUGAUCUGUUUUAUUCAUCAGAUGUAGUGCACCUAAAAUUGAAGAAACAAGUGUACCUUAUCAAAACAACAGUAGUGAAGGAGAUUCAAUGUGAUUAUCCUCAAUGGUUGUGAGAUAGUCUCAGCCCAAUCGGUGUUGUUUAGACUGUUGUACUGCAAUUAUGACUGUGACUGAUGUACAAGCCUAAUCAUUAGUGUGUAUAUUUUUCUCUUAGUUUUUUAUUCAGUCAAAUAAAAUAAAAAUUAUAUUUUAAUUGGACCUGUAUUUCAAAUGAAUCAAAUAAAUGAUAUUGGAUUUCUA